AUGAAGCAGCAAUACAUCUACUACGACGAGAUGGUCUUCACCGGAGUCGCCGGCACCAUAAGGACUCUUUACGCAGCUCGAAAGUACUGCUUCUACGAUCUUGGGCGUGCGUGUGUCAACUACCUUGAGAAUAACGUUUGCAUCGAGCACAUUUUCAAACUUCUGCAAGCGGCCCUAGAUUUUCAUGAAGACCGCCUCAAGACUCUGUGCAUGCGCCUCAUCAUCAACAACACCUUUGAGGUGAUCCACCGAGAGGACUUUAAAGAUGUAAAGAAGGACGUACUGGUGAUGAUACUGGAGCAAGACGUACUCAACGUCCGGGAAAUUGAGCUUUUCGACAGGGUUAUGCAUUGGGCAGAAAACGAGUGCGAUCGCCUCAAAAUUACCGUGACUGCAAUGAACCAACGAAUUGCCUUGGGCAAUCCUUACUUCAAUCUAAUUCGGUUUCCGACAAUCCUCUCACACGAAUUUGCUACACAUGUUGUUGAAAGUGGUGUACUGAAGACAGAUGAGAUUAUCCCCAUUCUGCAGUACUACAUAACUGGUCGAAAGCCAAGUCUACCAUACUCCUGUCAAUCGCGGCGCCGACCAUGUCUAGAAGUAGGACCGCUGGACAACGUGAGUGUGACCUAUUCAGACCAGACAGAGAUGACUUUCGUAGGCCCGACGAGGCCACUACGACGUGCCGCCAGCCAUCGCGACAUCCAUGUUCCGGUGAACGUGUUGCCUUCUCAGCAGUUGGGGUUGAUAUGCGAGCGACAGCGCAGUGGCUCACCCCCAGCCCGCUUCCACGUUGACGAUGAAGAGUUCAGUCUCAUUCAGGAGAAUAUGCGCCAUCUACAACACCUUGUCAGGGAACGCAACCAAUUUGCGUGGUGCAAAAUGCACAUGGCUGUCAUGAGCAGCCACUACCGAUAG